GGUUUUGGAAAAGUCGCAGUCAGAACGCAAGCUACACAAGUGGUGGAGGGAGUGAGUGCAUGUUCACAUACUGUAUACAGCAGAUUACAUUACCAAGGAAGGACCAUGCCAAGUAAAGCUGGAGCAGCGACUCCGUGGCAACAUUAUCGAUAUUUUUUAAAGAAUCAACGCAUUGUUACUCUUAACAUUCGGGGACGUACGCCAAGAUUUGGGUAAAAAUGCAAUUUGAGAGAAAACCCACCAUUUCUUAUUAUCGUGAGCUUAUGAGAAAAUCGUCGAGGAGUUUGUGUCGUAUUUCCCGAAUUGUCAAUGUUUAGAACCGGUGAAAGGGCAGCCCUUUGGAGUCUGGCAGUACAUUUACUGUCAUAGUUUAUCGAAUGUAAAGCAUAGGUUGAAAAAGAAAAUAGACGAGGACGUCAAACCUGAGCUGAAUGUAGCUAACAGGGAAACUGUCGGUGUCGUCUAUGUUUAUCUCCGGUCUGGCCGGUUUACCCGCUGGCUUUCAUUUCUCGUUGUAAUAUAAAGUAAGGUCUCCAAUAUGAAGGUGAAAAAACAGAGGGGCUCGGACAGGAGCAUUGAAGAGGACACCCAUAAAAAGUCGUCAUGCUUCUCAAACAUCAAGAUAUUCUUGAUAUCGGAAUGUGCCCUGAUGUUGGCACAGGGCACGGUUGGAGCUUACCUGGUGAGUGUCCUGACCACCCUAGAGAGACGUUUCAACCUCCAAAGUGCCGACGUGGGUGUGAUUGCCAGCAGCUUUGAGAUUGGCAACCUGGCUCUCAUCCUAUUCGUCAGCUACUUUGGGGCCAAAGCCCACCGGCCAAGGUUAAUUGGCUGUGGGGGUAUCGUCAUGGCGCUAGGAGCUCUACUGUCAGCACUGCCAGAGUUUCUAACCAACCAAUAUGAGUACCAGCCAGGGCAGACAUGGAGAACUGAGGUGGGCAGGAAUGGAUGUGCCAACAGUACAAGGAAUGGUGGUCAGUAUAUAGAGGAGCUUUGUUCAAACAAAGCCAACACCAACAUGAUGUACCUGUUGCUGAUUGGGGCCCAAAUGCUGCUGGGGAUUGGAGCCACUCCAGUUCAGCCCUUGGGUGUGUCCUACAUAGAUGACCAUGUGAAGAGGAAAGACUCCUCGUUGUACAUAGGAAUUGUUUUCUCUACUUUGGUGUUUGGCCCUGCUUGUGGCUUUCUCCUGGGGUCCCUCUGCACUAAGUUCUAUGUGGACUUUGUCUUCAUCGAUACCAGUAAACUGGCCAUCACAUCUGAUGAUCCCCGGUGGAUCGGAGCGUGGUGGGGAGGCUUCCUCCUGUGUGGUGCCUUACUCUUCUUCUCAUCCCUGUUUAUGUUUGGCUUUCCCCAAACACUGUCAGACCGAGAGAAGGACAGGGACGGUGGAGGGGAGAGUGAGCAGGUCAUGCUCCCAUCUACCUCUCCACCCAUAGAGUAUAAUGAGAUGACCAAGUCCAGCAAUGGAGUGGUACGCAACAACUAUGAUUCAGUCAAUGGUCCCACCUGCUUUCAGCAGCUCAGAGUGAUCCCCAAAGUGACCAGGCAUCUCCUAUCCAAUCCAGUGUUCACUUGCAUCACACUGGCUGCCUGCAUGGAGAUUGGUGUGGUGGCGGGAUUUGCUGCCUUUCUGGGGAAGUACUUAGAGCAGCAGUUUAACCUCACCACCUCCUCAGCCAAUCAACUACUAGGUAUGACAGCCAUUCCCUGUGCUUGUCUGGGGAUAUUCCUGGGUGGGCUUCUGGUCAAGAAGCUGAACCUCUCUGCAUUAGGGGCCAUUCGCAUGGCCAUGGUGGUGAACCUGAUUUCCACUGCCUGCUACGUCUCCUUCCUUUUCCUUGGCUGUGACACAGGGCCUGUUGCUGGAGUGACCGUCGCCUAUGGGAACGAGACACUUCGGGUGGGUGAGAAACCAGAGGUGCCCUGCAUGAGUAACUGUAACUGCUACACAUCCUCAGUCAGCCCAGUGUGUGGCUCCAAUGGCGUUACCUACCUGUCCUCCUGCUUCGCAGGCUGCACUACGUCAAAUCUGACAGGGUGUACAUGUAUAUCCAGUGAUAGUGAGAUGGCUACUGCUGUCCCAGGAAAGUGUCCCAGUCCAGGCUGCCAGGAGGCCUUCCUCACUUUCCUCUGUGUAAUCUGUGCCUGCUGCAUGAUUGGCUCCAUGGCUCAGACACCUUCUGUCAUCAUCCUUAUCAGGACUGUAAGCCCUGAGCUGAAAUCAUAUGCACUUGGAGUUUUGUUUCUCUUGCUGCGACUACUUGGAUUCAUUCCCCCUCCACUAAUCUUUGGUGCUGGGAUUGACUCAACAUGCCUUUUCUGGAGUACAGAGUGUGGGGAUAAGGGAGCCUGCCUGCUGUACGACAAUAUCGCUUACAGACAUCUGUAUGUGAGCCUGGCCAUUGGUCUUAAGGUCACCGCCUUCAUACUCUACACCACCACCUGGUACUGUUUACGCAAGAACUAUAAGAAAUACAUAAAAAAUCAUGAGGGCUAUACAACGCCGACUGAAUUGUUCCCAUCAAGUCUCACAAUGGACAACCUGAAGGAUGGGAGUCAAAACCCAAACAGGACAAAGUUUAUAUACAACCUAGAGGACCAUGAGUGGUGCGAAAAUAUGGAGUCGGUUUUGUAGUUUCUGAACCAUCAAGAAGACUAUAUGCUAUAAUAUUUUUUUUAUUAAAUUAUAGAAUGUUUUCUAUCUGAAGUCCUGUAUAGGCCGUGGAAGACUGUUGCUGCUCUUUUCUCCAAAUCCUUGUUAACUUUUGAUAGUGUCCGUUUCUUAUGUAAAGGUGUUAUCAGCAAGGGUUUCGUCCAGUGCCAGUUAACUCUGUUGUGAUUGUCUGUAGAAGACAACUACUGUCUGGCUCCUGGCUUUGUCCUGCUUCUAGGUUAUUAGAUCCAGAACAAUAUGCUACUGAUAUUGGCGUCAUACUACAGUAGGUCCCAUUUGGACAGUUUCAACAUCUGUUACUCGGGGUUGGGUGAGUUACUGUCUAAAUGUAAUCCGUUAAUGUUACUAUUAACCUAUCCAAAUUUGUAAUCAAAAACAUAACUUCUGGAUUACUCAAACUCAGUAACAUAAUCCGAUUACUUUUUAUUACUUCUGUUAUUGAGAGGGAAAAGGAUAUUACCGUUUGAACUCAAUGUUAGAGUUCAUAUAGCUUGCCAUAAACAGAUGUUUGAUUUGACAUUAUCGAUUAGGUGUUUUUCUGCUUUCUACUGCAAUAUCUUGAUUUGGCUAUAUCUGUACAUUAAAAGCUAUCAUUGUCA